GUCCAACCCAAUUCUUGAUCUCUCCUGAACCUCCUCCCCUUUCCGUUGGUGCCCUCCUCCCUACAUUCUCUCUCGCUGUCUUCGGGCCACCGCCGCGCUGGUCUUGUCCAAAAUGGCCGCCCAUCUCUAAGUCCAUCCACCACGCACUCUCCCUGCAAAUCCGAAAAGGGAAUCCAAAACCCUCUUUGGAGCGGCCGAGAGGGAGAGGGAAAGGGGGAAGGCGAAGCAGGGCGAGAGAGAGAGAGAGAGAGAGAGAGGAGGAUGGUGUUCAAGGGCCGGUUCUUCUCCUCGAAGAAGUCGGAUUCCUCUAGUCCCGACGGAUCUAAUAGCCCGAAGACGCCGACCUUCGCGUCCCCCACCAGAUCCGAGAAGAAGAAGGUCAAAUCGGACCCUGCCGUCGGCCGCCACACCCUCAUCAAGGACGCCGUCAAGCAGCACCAGCACAAGAAGAAGGAGGACAAGAAGGACAAGGAGCGGGACUCCAAGGGCAAGCAGACCGCCGCCGCCUCCUCCUUCAAGGCCUCCCCUCCGGCUGCCGACCUCUCCGCCCCGGCCAAGAUCCGGAGCGGGUCGGCGGCCAAGGACGGUGGGGCGGCGGCGGCGUCAGCGCUCUCCCCGAUCCUCGCCUCCUCGCUCGGGCUGAACCGGAUCAAGACGAGAUCCGGCCCGCUGCCGCAGGAGGGCUUCCGCGGGGAGCACAGGAUCUCGGGCCUUGGCAGUAGCAACCUUUCCAGGGGCCCCGUGGAGGGGAGCUGCUCCACUUCGUCGUCGGCCGGGAAGGGGGGCAGCGGCAGCGCGAAGAAGGACGCGAGGGGGCUCGAGAAUGUUCCCGAGUCGUGCGCCAGUUCUUGGGCUGACCAUGGAGGGAGCCGAGCCAAGGGGCGCUCAGCGGCGAGUUCGGAUGCUCGGCUUGGGAGCCAGAUUUGCAAUGGCGAGCAUUCCGAUGUUCAAAUUGGGAAAACUAACUCAUCAUGGAAUCAUCCUGAAGAUUUUAAAAAUUCUGCUGCUUUCACUCCAGAAGUUGAGUGUCCAUAUGAUGCUUGUGAAACUCCAAAGGAGUCUGAGUCUCCCCGCUUUAAAGCCAUAAUGCAGGCUACUAGUGCACCUAGGAAGAAGUUCCCUGCUGACAUAAAAAGUUUUUCACAUGAGUUGAACUCCAAAGGAGUACGACCAUUUCCAUUCUGGAAGCCACGGAGCAUGUACAAUUUGAAGGAGGUGUUAAAAGUCAUUCAAGUGAAAUUUGAGAAAGCAAAGGAAGAGGUGAACUCUGAUCUGGCAAUUUUUGCUGGGGAUUUGGUUGGUAUAAUGGAAAAAAAUGCAGAAAGCCAUCCCGAAUGGAAAGUAACCCUGGAGGAUUUGUUGCUACUUGCUCGGAGCUGUUGUGUCAUGACACCUGGGGAGUUCUGGCUUCAGUGUGAAGGCAUAGUUCAGGAUUUGGAUGAUCGGCGUCAAGAGCUUCCUAUGGGAGUUCUGAAGAAACUUCAUACCCGUAUGCUUUUUAUACUUACUCGAUGCACAAGAUUGCUUCAGUUCCACAAGGAAACUGGCUUUGCUGAGGAUGAAAUUGCAAUGAACCUUCAAGAUCCUAAAGUCAUACAUUCUGCUGAGAAAAAGGUUGCAUUAGGAUUUGGAAGAGAUGGAAAAAGCAUGAGGAACUCUGUUGAUGCAACUGCUUCAAGGAAAUCUUAUAGUCAGGAGCAGCAUAAUUUAAAAUGGAAAAGAAGCCAAGAAAUAAAGCCUGUCAAAUUUUUUUCACCAUUUAAUGCGGACGUUGAAAAGGAUAUGGUUUUGCCUGCUAGCAGAGAACGUAUGGCUUCUUGGAAACCUCUACCAUCUCCUGCAGGAAAAGUCCAGAAAGAAGCUAGCCCCAUUAGAGAUGAUGUAUCCAUCAGAAAAAUGGAUUCUUCAGAGAUAUUGAACAAGAGACAAAGUUCAGAUGCAGACUUGACCACAAUAAAUCCUCCUGAAUUACCCAGUUCCAGUGAUUCUUCUGUGCACCCAUCAGUUCCUUCCAAACAUCAACACAAAGUUUCUUGGGGUUACUGGACAGAUCAGCAGAAUGUUUCUGAAGAGGGUUCUAUUAUGUGUCGAAUUUGUGAGGAGUAUGUUCCUACUUUGUAUGUGGAGGAUCACUUGAAGAUUUGCGCAAUUGCAGAUAGGUGCGAUCAAAAAGGUUUGAGUGUUGACGAACGUCUCAUCAGAAUUGCUGAGACUCUAGAGAAGAUGAUAGAGUCAUACUCACAGAAGGAUCCCCCAAAUGCAGUUGGAAGCCCAGAUGUGACAAAAGUUUCUAAUUCAAGUGCCACUGAAGAAUCUGAUCUCCUUUCUCCAAAAUUUAGUGAUUGGUCUCGGAGAGGGUCGGCUGAUAUGCUUGAUUGUUUCCAGGAGGCUGACAACUCUAUUUUCUUGGACGAUCUGAAGAAUUUGCCAUCAAUGACAUGUAAGACACGUUUUGGUCCAAAGUCUGAUCAAGGAAUGGCUACAUCAUCAGCAGGCAGCAUGACUCCUCGAUCUCCUUUGAUGACACCGAGGGCCAGUCACAUAGACAUGCUUUUGGCAGGGAAAAAUGCACUUUCUGAGAGUGAAGAUUAUCCACAGAUAGUUGAACUUGCUGAUAUUGCUCGAUGCAUAGCAAAUAGUCCAAUGGAUGAAGAGCAAUGCUUGUCGUAUUUGGUUUCCUGUGUAGAAGAUCUACAAGAAGUCAUGAACCGUCGGAAGUUCGAGGCGCUUACAGUGCAGACAUUUGGCACACGCAUAGAGAAGCUUCACCGGGAGAAGUACUUGCAGCUUUGUGAUGCAGUUGAUACUGAAAAGGUUGAUGCAUCAAGUACUGUAAUGGAUGAGGAAGAGGAUUUGGUUCGUAGCUUGCGAGCGAGCCCUGUUCACCCUACCAUCAAGGAUCGAACAUCUAUUGAUGACUUUGAAAUUAUAAAACCUAUAAGUCGUGGAGCAUUUGGUCGGGUUUUCUUAGCGAAGAAAAGAACAACAGGGGAUCUCUUUGCGAUAAAGGUCCUGAAAAAGGCAGAUAUGAUUCGCAAAAAUGCUGUUGAGAGCAUAUUGGCUGAACGUGAUAUCCUAAUCACUGUCCGGAAUCCUUUCGUGGUACGAUUUUUUUAUUCUUUCACAUCCCGAGAGAAUUUAUAUCUUGUGAUGGAGUACUUGAAUGGAGGGGACCUGUAUUCAUUACUGAGAAAUUUAGGCUGCUUGGAUGAAGAAGUUGCCCGCAUAUAUAUUGCAGAAGUUGUCCUUGCAUUGGAAUACCUACAUUCCUUGCGUGUGGUGCAUCGGGAUUUGAAGCCGGACAAUUUGUUGAUUGCUCAUGAUGGUCAUAUUAAGCUGACAGAUUUUGGACUUUCAAAGGUUGGCCUUAUCAACAGUACAGAUGAUCUAUCUGGUCCUGCUGUCAGCGGGACAUCAUUAUAUGGAGAAGAUGAACCUCAGGUAUCUCCAUCCGAGCACUUGAAUCAGCGAGAACGACGAAAGAAACGCUCUGCUGUCGGUACACCUGACUAUUUGGCACCGGAGAUCCUCUUAGGAACAGCACAUGGUGCAAGCGCUGAUUGGUGGUCCGUUGGUGUUAUUCUUUUCGAGCUAAUUGUUGGAAUCCCACCAUUCAAUGCAGAACAUCCUCAGACAAUCUUUGACAAUAUUCUGAAUCGUAAGAUACCUUGGCCCCGAAUACCUGAAGAGAUGAGUUUUGAAGCCCAAGAUCUAAUUGACAAAUUAUUGACUGAAGAUCCUCACCAAAGGCUUGGAGCCAAAGGCGCAUCAGAGGUGAAGCAACACGUAUUUUUUAAAAAUAUUAACUGGGACACGCUUGCCAGGCAGAAGGCUGCAUUUGUUCCCUCAUCAGAUAGUGUACUUGAUACUAGCUACUUCACUAGCCGGUACUCCUGGAAUCCGUCGGACGAAAACAUAUAUGAAGCCAGUGAGUUUGAGGAUUCCAGUGACAAUGGAAGCAUAAGUGGAAGCAGUAGUUGUGUAAGCAAUCGUCAUGAUGAACUGGGGGAUGAGUGUGGAGGUCUUGCUGAGUUUGAAUCUGGCUCAUCUGUCAAUUAUUCAUUUAGUAACUUUUCGUUCAAGAAUCUGUCUCAGCUUGCAUCAAUCAACUAUGAUUUGCUCAGCAAGGGUUGGAAGGAAGAUCAACCACCAAAAUCUGAUACUUGAGUUACCUUUCUAUUUUCAAGUUUCCAUUUUACAUGUGAGCCAGACGCUUAGAAAUCUUGGUGAUCUCAUUGUACAGCUUGUAAAUAUAUAGAAGCUCGAGGCUGGAACUCCAGGGAUGUGCUUUUCCUCAUACAGGCCACUGCUCCUUUGUCUGGAGCUGCCUACGGUUUUAGCAGAGCCAUUUGAUUUUUCUUGAUUUCCUAUGGUAAAUUCUGCCAUCAGAUGGCUUCGACCAUUGGUCCUUUGCCGUCAGAUGGAAUGUACAUGUUUGCAAGGGGAUGUGGAUCAGAUUUUCUUUUUUUCUUUUUACUCGUCGAUGCCCCUUGAAACUAGUUGAUAUUAUUUCCCCUCGUGGACUUAUUUGACUGUUCUCCGUUAGAGAGAGAACGAGAGAGCGCAUGGCCAGGGAAAUGAUUCAUGAACUUUGAUCACUGGUCCUUGCCGUUCGGGUGGAACGUACAUCUCAUAUUGAGCAAAUGGAUGGAUGAAUGGAUGGCAUCCCCUUUUUAUUUAUAGAUUCCCAUUUUUAUGCCUGUACAA